AUGAAUGUUAAACCAUUCAUCGAUAAAAAUAUCAUUUGGUUCACCAAUAAAUCGAAGACAAUUUCGUUUCAAAUAUGGAUUGUAAAAGUGGAUGAAAAUGGUGUCAAAAGUACCGUUGAUAUGAGACAUGAAUCCACGAAACAGACAUUUGUCGCUCUCUUUGAUGAUAAAGACACGGAUUUCGAGAUCGUUUAUCGCAACCAUUCGUGUAAUAGAAUGUGUUUUGGAAUAACUUAUGGAGUGCUAAGUUCGCUCAAAGCAUUUGAAUCUAAUGGACAUCACUUGCGAUUCUUGUCGCCAAACCUACCGACGGGACAAUCGGUGGUCGAUAUGAUCGCAAACAAAGACCCCGACAGCAGAAGGAAUGCAGAGAUUAUGUGCUCGAGAAUGAAGAUUGCCCUCUGGCUCGAUAGGAAUCCUUUAUACGGCUCAACAAUUGUCCCAAACUUAUUGUCCGAAAUGACGGCAGAGAGCGAUGGCUCUGAUCCACAAAUCGUUUCUAACUGUAAUACCGACGGCUAUAUUGAUUGUUUAUGUAUCACGUGA